UCCUCCCCCUUCACUUUCUUUCUCUGUUCAUUAUGUCUAAUAAUUACUUGUGUUUGUUAGGAGCCAUAGACAGUCUCUGGUUUCACCAGACCAUUCUUUUCCCUGAACCAAUUUCAUUACUUGGCCCUAACUCCACUGAAACACCUCAAGACUCCAUUGCAAAUAGUUCUUUCACGUAUCCAUCAUCCAGCUUGGUGUCCUUAGCAGUUGCAGAUGAAGAAGUCUCCUCAAAUUUCUCAACCAUGUUAGAACCAGAAGUCCCAUCAGUCCCAUCACCAAGUACACCGGAUUCACCAGAAAUGAGUACUCCACAGGAUUAUGAGACGAAAAGACCAACAAGAAUGGAAAUUGUGGCCAACAGAUUGAUGUUGAUCCGCUCUCAAUCAUCAUCCCCAAAAUCAAAUGAUCAAAGAAGCAGUCCUCGGAAAAGCAGAACCAACUCCGGUUUGUUAACAAGGAAGCUGGAGAAAUCCAUGAGCAUGAGAAGCUUGGGGGAGCUAGAACUUGAAGAACUAAAGGGUUUAAUGGACUUAGGCUUCAGUUUCAAGAAAGAGAACUUAAACCCACGAAUGAUGAGCUUAGUACCUGGAUUGCAGAGACUUGGAGUUGGAGUUCAUAAAAGAAAGAGACAGAAGUCACAGAACUCUAGUGAUGAUGAAAAUGUUGAAGUAGUGGCAGCUAAAGAAGAUGGUGGUAGAUGUUAUGAGGAAGUUGAAGUUGCGAGGCCAUAUUUAUCAGAAGCGUGGCUUAUAAAAAGGCCUGAUUCGCCGCUGCUGAAUCUAAGGUUGCCGACCAGAGUGUCAUCUGCUGCUGACAUGAAGAAGCAUCUCAAGUCCUGGGCCAGAACUGUUGCUUCUGAGAUUCAACAGGAAUCCUAAUGUAAAGUGUAUAG